GCAUAAUAAAGGGCAAACUGCCUGCGUGUCAACGCAGACUUCAGGGUGAAACUUUUCUACGAAUGUCCUCCGGUUUGCUUGUUGUCCAGGAAAGCUGAAAGACUCACGCAGCCCAGCCAGGAGAUGCGAAAUCGUGCUCUGAAGAGAAUAUAUGUGCAUGCAACGCUCAGAGCGAGUAUUAAGACACUGAUGCUGUUCCUGAACGACAGGCUGAACAGAGGACAUCAGAAGAACAGCCUUACAGACAUGUGGUCUUGUCAGUCAUGUGUCCCUGUGCUUCCAUUUUGUUCUCUGAUUGUGUGUGUCAGUGUAUUUGCAUGUGUGUGCUCAUGUGCAUGUGAAUGAACUGAAGUGGUCACUGCCUGCAUAGGAAUCAAACAAAAAGCAGACCUACUGCUGCACCUCGGCUUGCAAAAGUUGUUUGCUUUCUUUUAUCUAGUGCAAAGAACUACAGUUUAAACUGCUUUAGGGUGGGGACACUGCACUAGACUGGAAGAUCCGGUUCCUACUUGUGCAAGGGUUGAAAAUGGCAGCUCGGCAUCAUGGCCUAGUGUGGCUGCUGCUAGCUCUGCUGAGUGUCGGAGUAUGGACUCACGAAGCAGUGGAGGUAGAGGACGAGAACCAGGACGAAGUAGAGGAGCUGGGGGAAUUGAACACAGAAGAAAGUGAUGAAGAUGGAGAAGCACCUGAUGAGGGAGCACAGGAUCUAGGAGGAGAGAGUGAUGAAGAGGAAAAUGGAGAAACAGAGGCAGAUGAUGAUGAGGAAGAAGUAGCAGCGGAAGUGGAUCAGACAAAGGAGGAAGAAUCUGCAGAGGACGACACUUCUGAGGAAGAAGACACCACGGAGGAGGGUGAAGCUGAGAGGGAGGAUUAUGGAGAGGAAGAAGAGGCUGAGGAUGAAGCCACUAUGGAAACUGAGGUUGAAGGAGAAGAAGAUUCAGAGGAGGAUGAAGCUGAAGAUGUGGACGAAGAUGGAGCUGAGGAGGAAGAAGCUGUAGAUAAAGAGGAGGAGGAGAAAGAAGAAACCGAGGAAGAAGAGGAGAUUACUGUGUCUGAUGACAAUGGUGACCGUGAGGAGGAUGUUGACGUACAUUUUACAACGGAAGAGGCUGAUGAGGACGAGGGCAAAGAUGAUGAAGAUGAGAAUGGACAAAAAGGUGCAGAUGAUGAAGCUGAAGAACACACUGGCAAUGAUGAAAAAGGAAAUGCAGAGGCAGAGACCACAACUGCAUCAAAGUAUCACAGUGGAUCCCUGUGUAGUCUGUGCUCCAUCUGUGAGCACUGCAACAGUUGUGAUGAAUGCCCGUGCGAGGCAGGAGACUCAUCAGUGCAUUGCCAACACUGUGAUCAAUGCUUCUACUGCUACAUAUGUCCUGUGUUCUGUGAGACGAUCUGCGAGUCAGGUGGCAUUAUAGACGUGAUGUCUGGAACAGUGUAUCAAACUUUGGCUGCGUAUCUUUGAGGACAUUUCAAGUAAUCUCCUAUGUCAUCCUGUGGUGGACAGCAGAAGCAAAGCGUUGCUGGCAUAAUUUGGAAACGUGACCUUUUAUCUGCCCAUCUUAUUAAGUUCGUAGUAGCAGUAUGGAGAUAUUUAAAGCAGAUAUUUUAAAUUCUAUCUUUAAGGUUUUUUUUUUGUUUACAGAAAUACUUUUCUCAGAAAUGACUAAUAAAAUACAGGCUAUUUAUUUUCAGUUGCCUCCGAUUCUCUCAUGAUAAAACACUUGUAUUCAGUUCCACUAGAAGUAAAUAAUUUCAAUAAAGAACAGAUAAGAUACAUGA